CAGGUGAGGCAGGAAGCAGUUUAGAAUAACUUCUUGACUUCGGAGUAACAGAGAAGUGAAUGUGUUCCCACGUGGCAGGCUAUUAGCUAACCUGCUCUCCUGUCAAAGGCACGGAAAGAAAGAAAGAGAGAGAGAGAGAGAGAGAGAGAGAGAGAGAGAGAGAGAGGACAGAACACACAAGGCUAUCAUCUCAACUUUUGAAGGUGCGGACAUGGCAUACACCAAAGCAUAUGCCAGUCAUGGUAUCUCCAUGCAACCCCAGGACUUGGAAUGUGACGAACAGCUAACCUCUGUUGAUCUAGAGUGGGAAAUGGAACCGGAGAUGGAUGAACACGGGUUGGACAACUUUCGACUGGAGUGUGCAGACUCACAGAACAUGGGAAACUUACCAAGUGGUGAAAUUAUUUUGGACCAAGGGAUCAUCCAGCCCUCUGUUUCCCCCCAUGGAAGGUUUGAGAGAUUACAAGAAGAUCCCAAUUAUGUCUUGCAAUACAGUGGGACUGUUCCCAAGGCACACAAGAUAAGUGUUACUUGUGUUAUCAAAUACCUGUUGAUUGCAGCAGGAGCUUUCAUCCUGGGACUGCUUAUUGGUCUACAUGGCAAGCAAACUGAGGGACAGCCAGCCAAGCUUACUGCAAGCACAGAUAUGCUGGACAAGGUUCUACAAAACAUCACUGCAGAAAAUAUCCAGGCACAAAAAAGGAAUUUUGAUUCCCUAUCCAGACUCAGCGAGGAAGACAGGGUGAAGUAUCUUGCCCGAAGAUGGGAGGAUUUGGGAUUGAAGAACGUCCAGCUGAUCAAUUACACGGUCCUCGUAAGCUCCCCUGGAUCCUCACCGAAUACCAUCACUGAACUGGCAAAUAAGCGCUGUUUCCUGCCCAGUGGAGCGAGCUGCGACACACAGACCCAAAUAUCCAUGAACGAGUCCUUCGUCUUUGCAGCCUACUCAUCUGUGGGAAUUCUAGAGGCAGAAUUAGUGGACGUGCAAUAUGGAAGUUUCGAAGAUCUGAGACUAAUCGGAGCUGAGGUGAACGUGACCAAUAAAAUAGCACUGCUUAAAAUUGGAGAAGCACCUUUACUACACACGCUUUCUCUCCUGGAUGAGAUGGGCUUCGGUGCUUGUCUCAUCUACGUGGAUCCCUGUAACCUCCCCAAGGAUCAGCCUUCCCUGCAAAAAGCAUUCGGCGUAACAUUAAACCCAGGAGGCGACCCAUCAACCCCAGAGUACCCCAGCACAGAUGGCAGUUUCAGGGAAGAUCGUCGUAAUUUGACGUCCCUGUUGGUGCAGCCAAUAUCUGCCAACCUAGCACAAGAACUGCUCUCUGCCCCAAGUGUUGGACACGGACAACCCUGUGUUCCUAUGAAAAUGGCAUCAGGCUCAGAGAAGAGCAGCAGUGAUCUCAGUAGCAUACAGCACCUACCUGUUCAUUUCCCUGAUGCACUGGCUGGCAUGCGUCAGUUUCUCGGACAACGGAUUAUACAUUUGAAUAUUUCAUCACAGACAUCAUACAAAACAGUGUAUAAUGUCAUUGGAUACCUGAGAGGAAAGAUUAAUCCAGAUAGAUAUGUCUUUGUUGGGGCUCGUCACAGUAGCUGGUACGAUGGCACCAUGGCAGAUUGGAGUGGUGGCGCCGCAGUUGUUUCUCAGAUCAUCACCUCCUUAACAACUCAGACCCGUGCACUCUGGCAGCCCGAUCGUACCAUUGUUUUCUGCUCGUCAGGAGGCUCUUCCCUUGGCAACAUUGGCUCCUUUGAGUGGGGCGAGGAGAACAAGGUGGUUUUGGAGGACAGGGUAGUGGCCUAUAUCAGCCUGCAGAAUCCAGUUAGAGCAUAUGGCCCACAAUCUACUGUAUCACCAUCUCUACGGCAACUGGCUUCUGACAUCUAUAAGACUCAUAUAAAGCAUUGCCCUCAUGCUGGAAGCUGCACUGGAAUGAACAUCAGCUCUCUGCAGUCUUCUGUAGUCAUGGACUUCUUCACCAGUCAGCUUGCUGCCCCACUGGUGGAGUUUGCAUCAUCAGCCAAUACAGCUGAGACUGCUCCUUUCCUCUAUGAGGCCUUCUUCCCCUUCGAGUCAUCUUUAACAGAGAUGUUGGACCCCACCUUCAGACGUCAUGAAACCAUUGCAAAGAUGACAGCAGAGGCCAUCCUGCGACUUGCUACCGAUCCUGUCCUACCCUUCUCACCCUUGGACAUAGCACUUGACAUUCAAAAUAAACUCAAAGCUGACCCCUUAAUCAGGCCUGAUCUUCUGGCUGCUGCUGCAUCUUUGCGAGAAAGUUCUGGCUUCUUCCAGUCGGAGAUUAUGCGCCCAGCCAACGACCCGAAAGAGCGCGACCCUGCCCAUGUGCGCAUGCUGAAUGACGUACUGCAAGACCUCGAGAAAAGCUUUCUGAUUUCAGACCCACCUCAGGGCUUUUCACGGAACAUUCUUUAUGGACUGAAUACGAAAACCCAAGGCUUUGCCAUGUUGAAAGCCUCCGCAGAAGACUCCAGACACAGCAGCAUAAAUCGGUCUUUGUCCCAUGUGUUCAACUCCAUCUGCUCAGCUGAAAAACUUAUCCAAAGUGGUCUUGGGCUUUUUGAGAAUGACCCUGAGAGCUCAAAUUAAAAAAAAAAAAAAUGACAGCAAAAUGCUGCUACUAAACUAUGAAUUGAAAUGUUUGAAAAUGGAAUACAAGCUGGAGACUCAGAUAUCAACAUACAAGUCUGAAAUUCAUACUUCUAAAAGAAGUGGAAAUUUCAAGCAACUUGUGAUUUUUUAGCUUUUAUACAUAAGGUUUUUUUUUGGUUUCUCACCUGUAUGAUAACAUAUUAACAGAAAAUCAGUAGCUGUCCUACAGGCAUGAACAUACAAAAUAAGAAACUUCAAGAAGUUACAGACUGGAAUAAAAAAUGUUCUGUCUCAAACACAUACUGGUUUAGCUUUCAGCUUCAGGCAAUUAAUUCUAUAAGCAUAACCUUGUCCUCAGGGAGAGAGACUAAGCACUUUUUUAUCUCAGGAAAGGUGGAAGAAAAAUUAUUAUUUGAAUGCAUUAUUAUUAAUUGAUAUGUUUUUUUAUUUGUUUGUUUUUUGAAUAAAUGUAUUUAUUACACAUGUAAUUCAUAAUCUCAAAAUCGAUUUUAGUGAAGCCAUCUUUUGAUAAUACAAUAAGCAACCCACCUUAAUAAUAGCUAAGAAAGAUACAUUUGUGGCUUAUGGCUUUCACUUGUAACAAACUGUAUAACAUAAUAUUUAUGUAUAAUUUGCACAUAUUUUGUGAUUUUCAUCCCGCUAGUUUUUUUUUUUAAUCUGAAGUUUGGAGUGAGGAAUUAAAGUAGCACUUUUAUUUUGGGUGAUUGUUUUCUCAAUCCACCGCUGGAUCAGACCACUGAGAGAACAUACUGUAUAGUCAAAAUUGUAAUUCCCUCAAUCUCAGCAGUGGUAGGCCGUUAGGGCCAUCAAGGCCUUCAGAAUCACUGACUUAAUUUUGAAUAUAUUUUUGUCCAUGAAUAUGUAUAUAAUUAUUCCCAAUAGUCUAUUCUUUUAAUUUCAUUGCUUUUCUCUCAAGUGCACUGCUGCACAAUGGAGUGUAAUUUUCACUUAGAGCUUCUAUUCAAUCAGAUUUCAGCCUGCCACAUCGAAAACCGUCGUCAGGUGCAGACUCUUGGUAGAUUCAAAUACAUAUUGCUUGAAGCUGUUGCUUUAACCAGUCAUACUGCGAUUUGGUCCCUCCAAGGCCCCCUAGAAGGCAAAGAAACGCGUCAGUAUUUUCACAUCUUUUGAUUGGACAAUCAAAGCGCCGACUACUACAAACCACAUUUGUUGAAACUGAGUUCAAAUAUAUCUGUGUGGAUUUAAAACGUGUUUAUUUUAUUCCACAAUGGCCGAUAGAGAAGAAGAAAUCCUGAAAAAAAAAGGUUGUUAGCGUUUGUAUUAACCAUUUAUACUUUUACAUAUUCGUUCCUCUACAAUUUGCACAAAAACACACAAUUUGCCUUAAAAUCCAGAGAAAAAAUGGCACAGAAAACCCAGGGUCAUUUUAUGGGGUUACUAUUGAUGCUUCUGCUAGAGAUGAUGUAUGUGGGCAGCAUAGCUGUGGCUGCAGUGAAAGGAGAAUUGCUGAAUUGUGUUCAUUGUGUUUCUUGCUUAAACCCUCUGUGACCAUACCUGUCUGUGAUACUAUUAUGCUGUGUUUCUCUAUAAUAUUGAUGGUUUCUACAGCCAUGGUCUCAUUAUGGUCCUAAUAAGAGGUGGAUUGUUGUUUCAUGUAGAACACCACUAGGGGGCCGAGGUGUGAAAUGCACAGCCUGCCACUGAGUCUCAAUUUUGCUGUUACAUAUUUUUGACAGGUUCACUAAAACUGUAGAUUUGAAUACUGGAAAAAGUAAAAAGUCAAUUAUCCAGCUCGAGUAAUUGUGUUUCCACUGUUGUCUCAGAUUCCUGUUUUUGAUUGACAGUAGUAAACUCUGGUAAAUUGCACAUUCUGAGAUGUAUUUCUGCUCACUGCAGUUAAAAAGUAAAGAGAGAUUAUUUCCUUUCCUGUAGCCUUCCUGACAGAUUAAUCCUGUCUGCCCCUUCUCUUCUGAGCUCUUUCAUCAACAAACCAUUCCUGCCACACAGAACUACCAUUCAAUAGACGUUUUUUUCUGCAACUCACUGAUAUCAUUUCCACCAUUUUGUAUUUUUCUAGUGGCUGUUGUGUGUGAAAAUCCUAUCUGGAAUCAAAAAAACAUGUCAUGGUCAAAACUGAGAUCACAUUUUUCCCUCAUUUUGAUGUUUCACGUGAACAUUAGCUGAUGCUGUUGGCCUGAAUUUGCACAAUUCUAUCCUAGCACAUGAUUGGAUAAUUGCAAGAAUGAAGCUGGUGAGUGGAUGUGGUCUAAGAUGUACAUUUCUGCCAGAUGUGAAAGAACAUGGAUGUGUUUUCCAGUCUUUAGGUUUGAAUUUUUAAUUAAAGGUUUUAAUUAUAAAUCAUGAACGAUGCUUGGAUGUUUAUACAAUUAAAAAUGGUUUAUGUUAUUGUUAACAUUUUACACUAUUGCUACUUUAAGAGGAUUCUGAGUUAAGAACCGCAUCUGUUUCAAUGUUUGGUACUUGAAUAAAUCUUAAAUACUUUGAAGCUUAAAAUUAUUGACGUGCCUUUAAACAAUUGAUCAUACAUGCUUAGGUGCAAAAAUAUUAACACUUGCUGAAACUGUAAUGUUUUUUGUACACUAUACACUAUAUAUAUUGUACAUGAUCAAAAGUUGUGGACACCUGACCUUUAGAUUUGUAUGUGAUUUUUGAACAUCCCAUUCCACAUUUAGUCUCCAUUUGCUGUUAUAAUAACCUGGCUUUGUGAGCAGGGCCGUUGUCAUGUUGGAACAGGUUUUGUGCCUCCUAGUUCAAAAGAAUGGAAAAUUUUAUAGUACCAUACAUUAGCAGAUGCCAUGAUCCAGAUUGAUGUACAAAAGUGCUUUGGAAUCUGUAUUAAUUAAUAAAUCAACACUAAAAUCUAGGAUACCAUUUGCCUAAAACUCUGUUGAGCACUUUUUAAAUACACAAAUACAUAAAUCAAACAGGGAAAAAUAAGCUCUAGUUUAAGUGUUUCAGGAAGAGAUACGUCUUCACCUGUCGCUUAAAGAUAUAGAUAUUUCUAUUCUAUACAACCUCCAACUUUGAGGUAAAAAAUUUGGAAGGAAAAAAAACCCAGAGGCUGAAAAAUUUGGUGUCUCAAUACUUGUCCAAAUAGUGUAUGGUUAUGAAGAAAAGAUACUUGUAUCACUUGAGGCAAUGUUUUCAGAUGUCUUGUUAUUGACAUCAGUAUUUCAAAAAAGUGCAACACUGCUCCAAUUGUGCAGCAUCAAAUAAAUGUGUUUGCACUGUAUGUAAUUAAUGAUUAGCUUUGCACUAAAGUGGACUAAACUGGCAGCUUAUGUUGCCUCUGGCUUUUUUUCUUUUUCAGCAUGCACAUAUGGAAUCAUUAUAUGUACUUUGCUGUUUGUGCUUCUGUUAGCUGUUUAUGAAAUGAAUCCAAUGAAUAAUAAAUAAUCUGUACAAUA